AUGACUGCCAGCCAAGACAGCCUCCCCGCUACCCACCGCGCUGCGGUCGUCGUGAAGCAGGGCCACGAGCCUCAUUUCGAGGUCCGAAAUCUGCCGCUCCCGCAGCCCGGCCCCAACGAUGUGCUUGUCCGCCUGACUGCCUCUGGCGUGUGCGGCACCGACUUCGCUUUGGCCUCGGGCGAGCUGGGCCCUGUGCGACCCAUCCUGGGCCACGAGGGCAUCGGCCGCGUCGUCAAGCUCGGCUCGUCGCUGUCCGAGGCCCAGGUCCGUCUGGGCCAGCGCGUGGGCGUCGCUUGGUUGCGCGAUGUGUGCGGCGAAUGCGCCAUGUGCAUGCAUGAGGUCGGCGAGACGCGCUGCUACGCCACGGUGCAAUCCGGACGGAAGGUCGACGGCACCUUCGCCGAAUAUACCCUCGUGCCGCUGCGCUACCUCAUGAGGCUGCCCGAGAAGCUCGCCGACGAGCAAGUGGCCCCCAUCUUGUGCGGCGGCCUGACCAUCUACAAGGCCCUCAAGAUAUGUGGCGCCACCCCUGGCGGGUUCGUCGCCAUCUCCGGAGCUGGUGGCGGUGUCGGUGCGCUUGGGAUCCAGUAUGCGAAGGCCAUGGGCUUCCACGUCGUUGCAGUCGAUGCCGGCGAUUCAAAGAGGGCGUACUGCUCGAGCCUGGGCGCCGAGGUGUAUGUCGAUGUCACCAAGGUGUCGGACGCGGCGGCGGCCGUGAAGGAGGCAACGGGGGGUCGGGGGGCAUCGGCGGUUCUUGUAACGGCAGGAACCGGUGCUGCAUAUCAAGCCUCGCUCGGCAUGUUGGCGCCGUUCGGCACUAUGGUUUGCAUUGGCAUCCCUCCCCCCUCGGAGAUGAUGAACUUCCAUCCCUUGAGCUUCAUCGAUCACGGCUAUCGCGUUAUCGGAUCCGCGGUGGGGACGCGCGGCGACGUGCUCGAGGCCUUGGAAUUUGUGGACCGCAACCAAGUCACGCCCAUGGUGCAGACGGCCAGACUGGAGGACUUGACCGAGAUGGCCAAGAAGAGCGCAUCCGGACAGGUUACCGGAAAGUACGUUAUCAAGAUGUAG